GAAGCUAGUGAGGCAUAUUUGGUGGGCCUUUUUGAAGACACGAAUCUGUGCGCUAUUCAUGCUAAACGUGUUACUAUCAUGCCAAAGGACAUUCAGCUUGCUCGUCGAAUCCGUGGAGAGCGUGCUUAAUUUUGUUCUGAAGUUGUACAUUCGCCCUCAUCACUUACUAUUUGAUGGGAAUCAUUGUCUUAAAAUAUUGUUCAAGGUGUUGAAGGAGUAGAC